AAGCGGGGACUGUGUUGCCGCUUCGAAAUGGCCGGCCAACAGUUUCAGUACGACGACAGCGGCAAUACAUUUUUCUAUUUUCUUACGUCUUUUGUCGGGUUAAUCGUCAUCCCGGCUACAUAUUACCUGUGGCCGCGGGAUCAGAAUGCGGAACAAUUACGGCUGAAGAGUUUGAGAAGAGUGCAUGGAAGAUGUCUGUGGUAUCGCCUCCGGCUUAUGAAAUCACAGCAGAGCAUUGUCCCAACACUAAAAAAAGCAGCCUUGUUGUUUGGUUGGGCAGUAUUUAUCUUUCUGGCCUAUAAAGUGUCUACAUUAGAUCGUGAAUACCAGGAAUAUAACCCCUAUGAGGUCCUCAGUUUGGAUGCGGGGUCAUCUUUGUCCGAGAUCAAGAAGCAGUACAGGGUACUUUCACUAAAGUUCCACCCUGAUAAAGGAGGAGAUGAGGCCAUGUUCAUGAAGAUCGCGAAAGCUUAUUCAGCUUUAACCAAUGACGAGUCACGGAAAAACUGGGAGACCUAUGGCAACCCUGAUGGUCCUAGAGUUACAAGUUUUGGGAUUGCUCUUCCUGCAUGGAUUGUGGAUCAGAAGAACUCCAUGCUGGUGUUGCUGGUAUACGGUUUGGCCUUUAUGGUCAUUCUUCCUGUGGUUGUGGGUACAUGGUGGUACCGUUCCAUUCGCUACAGUGGCGAUCAGAUCCUCAUCAACACAACCCAGCUCUUUAUGCACUUUAUGUACAAGACACCCACAAUGAACAUGAAACGGUUAGUGAUGGUGCUAACAGCCGCGUUCGAAUUUGACCCACGUAGCAACAAAGAAGCUAUUAUCAGACCAACAGACAACGUUGAAGUUCCACAGCUGAUUCGAGAGCUGGGAAACAUCAACGUGAAGAAGAAGGAGCCUCCGUUCUGUUACCCGUACAGUUUAAAGGCUCGCGUGUUGGUUCUCACACAUCUCGCCCGGAUGGACGUGUCUGAAAAUAUCGAAGAAGACCAGAGGUUCGUGGUGAAGAAGUGUCCCGCUUUGCUCCAGGAGAUCAUCAACGUCGGUUGCCAACUCACAAUGAUGGCCACCAGCAGAGGAGGAUUCCGUGCUCCCAGACUCUCCUCCAUUGAGAACUGUAUGAAACUGACUCAGAUGGCUGUGCAGGGGUUACAGGAGGCCAAGUCUCCCUUACUGCAGCUGCCCCAUUUUGAGGAGGAACACCUCAGAUACUGCAUCUCCAAAAAGUACAAGGUGAGGAGUCUGCAGGACCUGGUCAGUUUGAAAGACUCCGACAGGAGGAACAUGCUGAGAUUCCUGGGAGAGGAGAAGUACGACGAGGUUAUGGCAGUCCUCGGAAGCGUUCCCCAUAUCACCAUGGAAACCAAACUUCAAGUGCUGGAUGACGAAGACAGCAAUAACAUCACAGCGGGUUCUAUCGUCACUGUUACGGUCACCUUGAUGAGAAAGAGGAUGGCUGAGGUUUUUGAGAAGGAACAGGUAGCUCAACUACCAGUAGAAGAAGCUACAACAGAGGAGCAGGGUGAGAACGCUAAAAACAAAACCAAACAAUGGCAGAACAAAAAUAAAGGCGCUAAGAAAGCGGCCAAGUCCAAAAAGAAGAAACUGACCAAGAAAAAGCCAGUCUCCCAACAGCAGGCCAAGGGUGACAAGGCCAGACAGGCCAAUGGCAACGUGGCAGGAAGUGAUUUGGCUGUAGCAGCCAAAGAGGAAGAAGAGGAGCUGUCGGAUAAGGGCAGUGACACUGAUGAAGCCGAGGCAAACAAGGACUCACCCAGCGAGAGAGACGAGGAGAGUGACAAGCAAAGCGACACAGAAGCGGACGAGGUGGCCGGAGAUGAUGAGGAGGAGUGGGAGGCUCUACAGCAGAGCAUCCAGCGACGAGACCGGGCUUUGCUGGAGACCAAGUCAAAGAUCACACACCCAGUGUACAGCUUGUACUUCCCAGAGGAGAAGCAUGAGUGGUGGUGGCUCUACAUCGCAGACCGCAAAGACCAGACGCUGGUCUCCAUGCCUUGUCAUGUCUGUACUCUCAAAGACACAGAGGAGGUUGAGCUGAAAUUUCCUGCUCCAUCAAAAACAGGAAACUAUCAAUAUUCUGUGAUCCUGAGGUCAGACUCCUAUAUGGGAUUGGAUCAGAUCAAGCCCCUGAAGCUGGAGGUCCAUGAAGCGAAGGCCAUGAUGGUCAACCACCCACAGUGGGACAUCCCAGAGACUGAGGAAGAGGAGGAGGACCAGGAGGACAGCGAUGGAAUCGAGGAGUCGGAGGAAGAUGACGAAGACAACGACUAAUCCAGCAAAAAUAUACAAACUCAGACUCGGCUCACACACAAUGUGGUUCCAGUCACACACACACACACACACACACACUUUUGCAGCUUCGAAGCACCGACAUAAACAAUACAAACAGAAACGGGACAUUUAAAAGUUAUGGACUGUGACACCGGCAUUUUGAUUAAAACAAAUACACACACACACACACACACACACACUUUGUUUUUUUUAUGUUCUGUUUGCAUUACCGUUACCAACGUGGCUGCCGGCUCUUUACUGCAGCUCAUGUUUGACCAACUGCCGUUUGAGACAAAUAAACAGACUGCUUCUACUAAAA